AUGGUUGUCAGCCCAAACUGGCACUUGGCUGGAUUGACGAUCAGCCCGUGCUGGAUGAGCCGCUCGAAAAGAAUCGGAGGUGCUUCGGACGUGUGUGACAGGGCGGGCUUAAAUAUCAUAACACCGCAGACGAUGGUGGGACUGGAGGGCUCCUGUUUGCAAAUCCCAUGUACGUUUGUAGUACGUAAAGAUGAAGAACAAAACUUUAACGUGAAUAAAGACAUUUUUGCUGUGUGGCUUAAGGGUAAAACGACUUUCGGCCCAAAUCCAGAAAUUGUGGUUUUCAACAGUAGUGGGAGCAAUAACCUAUUUCCAAUGGAGCUAAUUGGAGACCUGAAGAGGAAAAACUGCAGCACCAACUUCUCAGAGCUGAUCAAAGCGUAUGCAGACAAAUACUUCUUCAGAUGUGAGAAUAGCCCUUUUAUGGCAAUGGCUGUUUGUAAUCCUGUUGACGUAAAGAUCAUCGAAUCACCCCCAAGCCCCACCAUUGAUAUCCCUGACGAGCGUAAGGAAGGACGCAUGGUAACCAUCAACUGCUCAGCCAUCGCCCCCUGUCCCGAGCAAUAUCCGACCCUGACAUGGAGUCCUCCAUGGCAUGCUGAGACUCAGUUAGAGAAAAACGAAGACCAAACCUACACGGCUAGAUCACAUCUGAACGUUACUCUGUCACACGAGUAUGAUGGACUCAACAUCGGUUGUUCUGCCAUCUACAACGUGAAAAAUGUACACAAGACGGCGAACAGCUCCUUCACCCUCAACGUGUCAUACACCCCCAAGAACACCUCAGCCCACAUCAGUCCUGUUUCAGGUGUGGUGUCGGUCGGUAGCUGGGUGAACAUGACCUGCUCCAGCAAAGCCAACCCUCCCGUCACACGCUUCACGUGGUUCAAGGGUCGCGCGCCCAGCAGCAUGACUGUACACCAGGGAGACUUCUACAGCUUCAAUGUGACCGAUGAAAGGGAUGCUGGCGUUUAUUUCUGCAUGGCUGAGAAUGAACUUGGCUGCGCGAAUUCAUCAGAGAUCCGCCUGGAGAUUAAAGGGCUUGGUACAUCUGAGAAUAUUUACAUGCCCGUUGUCAUUGGAGUGGCCGCUGGAGUUGGCUUCCUCGUCCAAGUGGUUGAGAAACUGCCAGACAAACCAGCACAAGAAAUCCACUAUGGAGAGAUUGACUUCAAGAUGAGAUCCCAGCCCUCGGACUUGGGGAAAGUCAAUGAAGCUGAACAGGACACAGAGUACGCAGAGGUCAAUGUGCCACGGCAAGCAAAACGCCCACAUCUUGAGCUCUUUGCAGGAAAGUUUUUGACUCGAUAA